GCGCGGUGGCCGCGAAGGCGGGCGGUGGGGAGCGGAUUAGAGGAGGAGGGAAGACCGGAAGCCACGGUCGCGUCUCCAUCCUUAGAUUUGCUCCCCCGGGCUGGGAGCAGAGCUCAGUGUUGUCUGGCCGGUAAAGGGGAGCGGCCGCUCCGGACCCUCCUCCCGGGGCGCUGCUCUCAGCCCGCCGGCUCUACUCAGCCAUCGGCUCCCGGGCGCGCGCGCCCCGCGAACGGCCCGGCCGCGCAGACCUCGGCCGGAGAGGCGCUGCCCGCGGCGGGCACUGGCCGGCGGAGUCCGAGGCCCGCACCCCUCCGCCACCCCCUCCGCUGGCCCGCCGGUCUCCGGGCUGCCGCCAUGUCCUCCUCUUCCUCCUCCCCCAGGGAGACGUAUGAGGAGGACCGGGAGUACGAGAGCCAGGCCAAGCGCCUCAAGACCGAGGAGGGCGAGAUCGACUACUCGGCCGAGGAGGGCGAGAACCGCCGCGAAGCGACUCCGCGGGGCGGGGGCGAGAGUGGCGGCGGCCGGAGCUUCGCACAGCCGGAGGCAGGUGGAAGUCAUCAUAAGGUUUCUGUUUCACCUGUUGUCCAUGUUCGAGGACUGUGUGAAUCUGUGGUGGAAGCAGACCUUGUGGACGCUCUGGAAAAAUUUGGGACAAUAUGCUAUGUGAUGAUGAUGCCAUUUAAACGACAGGCUCUAGUGGAAUUUGAAAAUAUAGAUAGUGCCAAAGAAUGUGUGACCUUUGCUGCAGAUGAACCUGUGUACAUUGCUGGUCAACAGGCCUUUUUCAACUAUUCUACAAGUAAAAGGAUUACUCGUCCAGGAAACACUGAUGAUCCAUCAGGAGGCAACAAAGUCCUUUUGCUAUCGAUUCAGAAUCCUCUUUAUCCAAUUACAGUAGAUGUGUUAUAUACUGUAUGCAACCCUGUUGGAAAAGUGCAACGCAUUGUUAUAUUCAAGAGAAAUGGGAUACAAGCAAUGGUUGAGUUUGAAUCAGUCCUUUGUGCCCAGAAAGCCAAGGCAGCACUUAAUGGAGCAGAUAUAUAUGCUGGAUGUUGCACACUAAAAAUUGAAUAUGCAAGACCUACACGUCUAAAUGUUAUUAGGAAUGACAAUGACAGUUGGGACUACACUAAACCAUAUUUGGGAAGACGAGAUAGAGGAAAGGGUCGCCAGAGACAAGCCAUUUUGGGAGAACACCCAUCUUCAUUUAGACAUGAUGGCUAUGGAUCCCAUGGUCCAUUAUUGCCUUUACCAAGUCGUUACAGAAUGGGCUCUCGAGAUACGCCUGAGCUUGUUGCAUAUCCACUGCCACAGGCUUCCUCAUCUUACAUGCAUGGAGGAAAUCCCUCUGGUUCAGUUGUAAUGGUUAGUGGAUUACAUCAACUAAAAAUGAAUUGUUCAAGAGUCUUCAACCUGUUUUGCUUAUAUGGAAAUAUUGAAAAGGUAAAAUUUAUGAAGACUAUUCCUGGCACAGCACUGGUAGAAAUGGGUGAUGAGUACGCUGUAGAAAGAGCUGUUACACACCUUAACAAUGUCAAAUUGUUUGGGAAAAGACUUAAUGUUUGUGUGUCUAAACAACAUUCAGUUGUUCCAAGUCAAAUAUUUGAGCUGGAAGAUGGUACAAGUAGCUACAAAGAUUUUGCAAUGAGCAAAAAUAAUCGUUUUACAAGUGCUGGCCAAGCAUCUAAGAAUAUAAUCCAACCACCCUCGUGUGUGCUGCAUUAUUAUAAUGUUCCAUUGUGUGUUACUGAAGAGACCUUCACAAAGUUGUGUAAUGACCAUGAAGUUCUUACAUUCAUCAAAUAUAAAGUGUUUGAUGCGAAACCUUCCGCCAAAACGCUUUCUGGGCUGUUAGAAUGGGAAUGCAAAACUGAUGCAGUGGAAGCUCUUACUGCACUUAAUCACUACCAGAUCAGAGUCCCAAAUGGUUCCAAUCCCUACACUUUGAAGCUUUGCUUUUCUACAUCCUCCCAUUUAUAAGAGCAUGUUAGAAUUUAUGUUCAUCUUUAUUACAGUUUUAAAGCCACAGUUCAUUAAAAAAAUCAUCUAAAAUGGUUCAUCUAAUGUUGCUUUGCUUACUUUAAGAUCUUGUUCUGUAAUAAACAUAUUUUGCCUUGAAUAAAUUUAUUGUAAACGUAAGUAUUAUUUUCAUUUUCAGAUAGAAUAUCAUAAUGUAGACUGUCUACAGCUUUGUUGUAGAUUAUGCAAAUAUAUGAUUUCUAAACUUAUUACUAUAAUUUUUCUUCCACAGUAAAAAUAUAUUUACAUUCUUAAUGCUAAUUAUUAUCUAAGUAUUUUUCCAUGUGUACGAAAUUAAUGCAGGUGAAAGUAUUACAUUUUAAAAUAGAAUUCCUAUAAGUUUAGAUGUUUAAGUAUGUUGCGGUUACUCAAACAUAACUUGUAUUUAUUUAAUGAAGUUUGAGAAUAACAUUGUACAUGUUGACUUUUAAGUACUACAGAUUUAGCUGAUUUUAUAUUUUGGAAAAGUUAAGAGACAUGGGUACACUUGUAUAGUAUGCACUCAAACUUAUUUAAACCGGUGUAUUUUUUUUUAAGAUGUUGUCCAUUUGUAUUGACAUGCUUUUGUUUCUAGUUCCAGUUUGGAGGUUUUAUAAAGUUAUAACAAUGAGUUAA